GAGUAUAAUAUUAUAAUUUUUAUUAUUUUGAAUUUUCUAUGAUUUUUACUUUUUUUUCAUAAAUCUAUUUCAAUAAUUUGUUCUUGGAUUGUAUAAUAAUAUUCAAAAAUAUGGUUGUAACAAAUGACCAUGAGUUGCCAACAUUCGAAGAACUGACAGUGGAAGAAGUACCCAUCAGUACACCAGGUCUCCGUGCCGCUGCUCAUCAUUUCGGAAAAUAUUGUCUGGAUGUAAAUGAUGAAUUUAUGAUGUGCAAGCAAGAAACUAAUGAUCCACGUAAAUGCUUGAAUGAGGGCAAGGCGGUCACUAACUGUGCACUUGAAUUCUUUAGGAAACUAAAAGGCAAUUGUUUUGACGAAUUUCAAAUUUAUAGUAACUGCAUUGACAAAUCUAGUAAUCGCUUGGAUUUUGAACCAUGUCGUAAGACACAAGCAGUAUAUGACAAGUGUGUGUUUGAAAAAAUGGGCAUCGAGCGACCUGAGCAUGGCUUUUUUUGUAAAGCUCGUGUCUACACUGGAAAUCGUCCAAAGCCUCCAGUUGAGGAACUACAAGUGUUUGGUGAUUUGCCUGUUGGUCUUAAAGACUUUAAAGAAGAAGAACGACCACCAGCAAAAUAUGGACAACGUAAUUGGUUUAUCAAGUAAUACUGUAUGUUUAAAGUUUACAGUUUAAUAUUAUUACUUAUUAGUGUUUGUUAAUGAAAAAAAAACAGUAAUUAUUAUGAGA